AUGUAUCAUGGGGAAAAAACAGUAAGACGUGGUGGUACAUCUAAUCAAGUACGAGUUCAAAAUGCAACAAGAAAUAGACCAAUAACUCGAAAACAAAGUGCAUUAUUAGCCCUAGUACUCCCAGCCUGGGUUAUUUUUGACCCAGACUCAAAAAUU